UUUCUUUGGACUUUAAUCCUGGCCUUAUUAUAUACCAUCCCUUCCCUCCCUGUUCUCAUCAUCUCCCAUCACACACACACACACUCUAUCUCUCUGGUUUCAGCUUGGUGAGAUUGAGAUGCUUGUGAGCCACUUUUCCUUGUGAAUUCAGCUGGAUUUGUACCAUCUCUUUCUUUUCCUGGACUUAAGCAGAGAGCUCUGCUUAGUAGCCCGACAUGGAGAAGGACCAAUGCCUUCUGCUGGCCGAGCUAGCUCGAGCUCGGAAGCUGGUGGGACAGAUGGAAGCUGAACUCCAUCGACAUUCUGCAAACGAGUCCUGCAAGGCACUGCUCCGGGAAUUGUUCGCCUCGAUUGAGAAGUCCAUUUGCAUGGCUAAGACAAGCAGACCAGACUCUUCCCGCCCCUCCUCAGGCGAGAGCUCGCAGAGCGAUCCGUCCAAACCAGGCUUCAAGGAUCACACGCCGAAGAAGAGGAAGACAUUGCCCAAGUGGACUAGCGAGGUGAGAGUGAGCUCAGCCGCCGGAGGAGUCUUCGAAGGGCCUGUCGAUGAUGGCUACAGCUGGAGGAAGUAUGGCCAAAAGGACAUCCUCGGAGCCAAACAUCCAAGAGGCUAUUACAGAUGCACGCACCGAGUCGCUCAGGGUUGCCCGGCAAUGAAGCAGGUGCAGCGAUCGGACGAGGACCCGCUGCUCUUCCAUGUGACCUACCAUGGGAUGCACACAUGCCUUCGGAAGCAGGGGCAAAAGCAGCGGCGACCAAAGGAAGACGAGCAUCAGACAGGGCUCAGAGUUGAGGCUUCCUCCCUUUCCUUCUCCUUCGAAUCGGGACUGGAAGCUGCGGCAGCGAGGGAGAACAUGUUUGCCUCACCCGCAACAAUCGAGAACUGUUUCAGUAGCUCGACCUCUCCCACCUUUCAGUCGCCGGCGGCGUCCGACUCGACCUUCUUCUCGCUCUCUCGAUGCGUAUUCGAAGACGGAAUCAAGCUCUGGAGCCCGGAAUCCGAAGUGACAGAGAUGGUAUCAGGAGCUAAUUCUGCCGCCAAUCCCCCUGCGGUGGACAUGGAUUUCAUGCUCCAAGAGCUGGACUUCGAGGCGGACUUCUCCAGCUUCUUCUCAUGAGACCCGGAACAGAAUCCAAUUCGUUACACUCACUACACAACAGUAGCUGCUCUGCUGCUGAUGCUGAUGUAUCCAGAAGCUGAGGUUGCCUGCAUAAAUUCUUGAACUAAAUUGUGCAUAAUUUUCGCUCCUUUGAUCGAUCGAGGAUUGACCAACGAAGAUCGGUUUGCAUUAGUUGUCAGUAAAUCCAUAAACAACACUCCACAGUGUCAAAUAGUUGGAAAGGUUAAUGUGACGCGAUGCGAGGAGAAGAUGGAUGAACAGUCGUAAACAUUGUAGGAUCAAAAAUUCCUUGGAAAUCAUAUGCUGCCAUUCACGAACA